AUGAGCUCACUACCCACACGUUCUGGGCAGCGGCCGCCACCUUUGCCGCCGAGAACGCCUUCCACAACCACAGAGACGGAUGAUGCUCCUCCACAUGAGCUGGUCGCGCAUCAGCAGAGAGCGAACGAGAAAGCUGCCGCAGGCUCGCAUCCUGCACAGUCAACAUCUGGCUUGAUGCACAACGAUCCACGAUCCACAUCGCAAGAAUCACUGGCACCUGAAGACCACGAUGGCCGCAGGAAGCUACUCUUAAUCUACAUACAUGGCUUCAUGGGCAAUGAGACCAGCUUUCGCAGCUUUCCCGCGCAUGUGCACAACCUACUCGCCAUAUUGCUCAGCGACUCGCAUGUCGUGCAUACCAAGAUCUACCCGCGGUACCGAUCGAAGAACAACAUCAGGAUCGCCCGCAACGAUUUCAGCAAGUGGCUUCAACCGCACCAAAGUCGAACGACAGAUGUUGUCUUGCUUGGCCACAGCAUGGGUGGAUUGUUAUCAGCGGAGGUAGCACUUAUGCCUGCAAAUACGCCAUCAUCCGGACCUCUCCAGCACCGCAUUGUGGGCACGAUCAACUUCGAUGUACCAUUUCUUGGAAUGCAUCCCAGAGUCGUCAAAAGCGGGCUAGCAAGUAUAUUCACAUCGGAUGGUAAGAAAGAGCCCAAGGACGACAGUCAAACACAACUUGCCACUGGUGAUGACCAAGGCAGCCAAAUCGAUCCUUCUGGUCAGAGGCCUUCUCGAGCAGAUGCUUUGUGGGCCAAACCUGACCCGAACUACAACCCUGCCUUCCAGAACGAUGUUGUACUUCCCGUACGGAAAGGCUGGCGGAGUGCAUGGCAUUUUGUCAACAAGCACUCCGACGACUUGAUCGGCUCUGCCAAAAAGCUGAUCUCCUCACACAUGGAGUUCGGAGGUGCGAUGGCAAAUUAUGGUGAGCUGAAGAACCGCUAUGCCAGAAUCAGGGCGUUGGAGGAAGAGAAUGGCAAAGUCCGCGAGUCCGUUGUAGAGGGCGGCGUGCCAUCCAGAGUACGCUUCAUCAACUACUACACAGCCAGUACGGGUCGUCUGAAGAAGCCUUCAUCACCGCAUCGCCAGUCAUCUCGCAGUCCACAUCGGAGUCGCCCUUCUUCUCAAGCUUCCAUCUCACGAACUUCGCUGGCACCAGAAGCUGGCGACGGUAAUCAACGAUGUGCUUCCUUGAGCUCGACCGACCCGCUCAAAGAAGUGGACGCCAGCUCUGAGCAAUGGCACAAUGCCAUGGAGUCACUCCAGAUCGGGGGUGAAGCAGGCCGCGCACGGAAGAAGGUCAACAAGAGUGUACCUCAGAGGCCUCCGCCACUUGGUGACCUGAGCUACAUACAGGACCCUAACAUUCGAGACAUGGUUAAACAAGACCAUGUGAAAGCCGUCGAAGCAUACGAGAAGGCCGUCGCUGACCAAGGACCCCAUGAAAAGGACGAGUCACAGCACAAGCAAGGAGGGCCGGCCAGAGCACCUCCACCUCCACCUCCGCCAGUCAAGCAGGAAGCAGAAUCAGAGUUAACCCACAGCGAGCGGGAAGCAAUCCGCCUCGAAAAGGAAAAGCAACGCAUGGAAGCCGAAGCCCGCCGCAUGCGUGGCGAGAAAGAACCCUCACCAGAACCCUCACCCGAGACACCACAACCCCAAGCAACCACUUCCCACCACAGCACCUCCUCCAUCCCCCAAAUCACCUCCCGCCGACCCUCCACAACAGCUUCAACCCUCGCAUCAACCUCAACCCACGACACCACCAUGCUCUCCCCACAACGCAGCAAAGACUCAACACCCCCAAACCCAAAGAAAGAUCGCAUGUUCUGCACUCUACCUCCCAAAGACUCCAAUGGCGAGAGGGAUCCUUGCUGGGUGAGAGUUUUCAUGGAGAAUGUUGAUGAGAUCGGGGCGCAUUGUGGUUUGUUUUUUGUGGAUGAGCGGUAUGAGCGGCUUGUGGGAGACGUGGCGGAGAGGAUUGAGGGGUGGAUUAUGGAGGAUUUGAGUGCGAGGGUAGGGAUGGGGGAGAGAGGUGGGGGCGGGAAGGUGUAG